AUGGAUAGAUUGAUACCGGGGGUGAGAGAUCUAAGGGUUGGAGCAGCUGCUUUCUUAGGUGCGGGUCUCCUUCGAUUUGAAGAGAAAGUUCUGAUACCACAGACGAACAUUGUUCAUGCGUUCUUUCUCUUCUUCUUGGUCGUUUGUAACUUUUUAAAGUGGAUAAUAUUUGGACCUUUGAGUCCUCUGGAGGUGAGUAACUUAAAGGAUAAGGUAUCUUACACUAUUUGGGAAUUUUGCUUUGGGUUUUUGAUAUUUUUGCACGGUGGUAACAAGCUAGGAGCUGGAGAAAUUCAACGAGAAUUCUGGAAAUAUGCUGGUCUUUUCUUAUGUGUCUUCCUAUUAAAAACUUUCCACUACUUAUUUGUCUUCAGAGGGAAAGUUAUCUUUCAACAGCAGCAACAAAAUAAAGCCCUGACGAUCACUUCGUAUCUUGUAAGAUUCUCGUUCGGAUUGGCACUCAUCAACUUUAUUGAUAUUAUGUUGAUCCAUAAGUUCUUCAGAGAGCUAUACAUCAACCCUUCGAAAUGUAAGGGGAAUAUUUUGAUAUCACUCUUCGGAUUCGAAAUCUUGAAUACAUUUCCUUUAAUAGUUUUGACGUCGAUCCAGUUUGGUCUUGAUUACCAUGAGAAUGGCUUAGAGGAAUAUUCAGAUGGCUGGGUAGAUUUCAAACAGAAAACUAUGAAGAUUAGCGAAUUCUUGGCAAACUUUGUUAGAUUUGCAAUGACAUGUACAUUUGCAGUUUGCUUCCUUUACUUUUACACAUUCCCAUUGCAUAUACUUCCAUCCUCGUACUUGUCUUUCAAAAUGUUGUUAUUGAAGUCAAGAUCACUAGUGGACUAUAAGAAGUCUCAGAUUAAAGUUUCGAAGUUGAUAUCAGUGUGUGACGUGGAUCAUUCUCAAACAUGUAUUAUAUGUCUUGAUGACUUCUGUGAUACUAGCUACGUGAAACAAUUUCCCAUAUGCAAUCACUCAUAUCACCAUAACUGCAUUAAAGAUUGGUUGGCACAAUCUUCUGACUGCCCCAUAUGCCGCAUGCCCUUAUAA